AUGCUGCUCUCGCAACUGAACUCGCUGGCCCAUCUACGUUCCGGGACCGGCGGGGAGCUGCACAGCGCUAAACUACAACCCGCGAAGGAGAAGGAGCCGCUGGAGAAGCUGUACCAUGUGGGCCCGCUGCUGGGGAGCGGUGGCUUCGGCUCGGUUUACUCCGGUAUCCGCCUCUCCGACAGCACACCGGUGGCCAUCAAGCACGUGGCACGGGAGCGCAUCUCCGAGUGGGGCGAGCUGCCCUGCGGCACCCGUGUGCCGAUGGAGAUCAUGCUGAUGACCACGGUGGGCUCCGGCUGCAGUAACAUCAUCCAGCUGCUGGACUGGUUCGAGCUGCCAGACAGCUUCGUGCUGGUGCUGGAGCGUCCGGAGCCAUCGCAGGACCUCUUCGAUUUCAUCACAGAGAGGGGGUCCUUGUCGGAGGAGCUGGCGCGGGGCCUUUUCCGGCAGGUGCUGGAGGCUGUGCGGCACUGCCACAGCUGCGGGGUCCUGCACCGCGACAUCAAGGAUGAGAACAUCAUCCUCGACCUCGCCACCGGUGAGCUCAAGCUCAUCGACUUCGGCUCCGGCACUUUCCUCAAGGACACAGUGUACACCCAGUUUGACGGAACGCGGGUGUACAGUCCGCCGGAGUGGGUCCGCUACCGCCGCUACCACGGCCGUUCGGCGACGAUCUGGUCCCUGGGCGUCCUGCUCUAUGACAUGGUCUGCGGGGACGUCCCCUUCGAGCAGGACGAGGACAUCAUCCGGGGCCAGCUCUUCUUCCGGCGGCGGGUCUCUCUGGAGUGCCAGCACCUCAUCAGGUGGUGCCUGACCAUGCGCCCUGCAGACAGGCCUUCGCUGGAAGACCUUUUCAACCACCCGUGGCUGCAGGGCAUCCACCUGCCCCAGGAGAGUGCGGAGAUCCAGCUGCACAGUUUGAUCCAGGAGCCUGGCAAAUAAAAGCUCCAUGGGUCUCCUGGCUGUAAGAAGCAAAGACCACCAGGCUUCUUCCUCGUGACCGGAGCGCUGAGCGGGGAUCAUCAGAUGGGAACACCUUCAUCUUCUCCUGGAGCUGGCCUGGAGCCCCCAUCUUCCAAGCGCUGGUGGCCACCACCUAACCCGCCUGUCCUGGACUCCCAUCUGAACGACCCUGUCUCAUCUGCUGCUUUGCCAGUAGACUUUUUUGGUUGGUUCUGUUUUGGGGGCUCCCAACCAUCUUCCUGACCUGCUGAUUUCGGGACUGCGAGAGGAUCGGAGACCUCACUGCGAGAAAAGCAUCAACAUGGGGGAAAAGUGACUGUGGGAGGAGGGCAGGUACCGUGACUGAAUGGCUGUCUCUUGUCCGCUGUCACCAUGCUCGAGGGCCUUCAGUUGCAAUCUGGGCUGUGCUAGAGGAAAUACUUGAAUUUUCCUACCCAGCUGCUUUUCCAAGCUUCUCCUGGGUCCCUUUUCCCUUUUCAAAAAGAAAACAGGUCAGAAGAUGCUUGGGAGGCAAAUGGGCGAUGCCUCGCCUCCUGUGUCUCCGUCUCACGUGGAUUUUUCUGGGGUUCUUUGCUUCUCUGUGCCCUCACGAAUGCACAAACAAUGCAAACCAACAGAGCUGUAAAUGUGUACAAAGUUCUACAGGAGCGAAGCUUCUUGUACAGUUGUUAAUAGUGAUAAGAUUUUACCUUUUUUCUUCCAGUUUUUGGUUUUAAUUUAUUUUCAUGAAUUUGUUUUUGUUUUUUAAAGGAAGAGUUCUAGCCGGUAGGCUAACUUAUUUAUUUAUUUAUAAUUCACGUGGGUUUCUGACCCAUGCCUUGCUUCUACAGCUGCUGAUCCCCCGGUUUUCCAUUCGGGUCUUCCCUCCGUGUCUGUCCUAUGUUCAUCCCUGGGCCCGUAGCGUUUCUGUUGGAUGUCUGGCGGAGGUGUGGAGUGGCUGCCUGCUCCCCAGCUGUCUGUGUACAUAGUUUUGGUUGCUGUUGUUUCCUUGCCACGUGUAAAUCUCAGUUUGCAGCUGAGUUUUGGUUUUCUUCACGGGUGUCUUGGCUGGGGCUGGGGAGGGGGGAGCCGGCCCGGGCUGUCCGCGCUGCCGAGUCUUUACACGUAACCAAGUGUGUAGCCGGCGGGGUGUUUUUGUUACUAUGGUCCAGGGGGAUUCAGAAGUCCUAUUUUU